GUCUCGCGACAGCUUUGAGCCACCCGAAGUCUAAAAUUAUCUGCUUUGUGUAAAAAACGCAGUAAUGCCCCGCUGUGUGAUGCCGUCACAAAGAGGGCGGUAUGCCGUCACCAACCGUAUGUCAACCGGCAGCGGAUACCGGUUGCAGUUGGAACUGAGCGAAUCUUGGUCCGAGCUUCAAAAUGAGUCGAAGCGGCUUACACUAGACGUGACGCGGUUCGCGUACGACACUGCCCGUCUGCGGAUCUUCGACCCGUCCAAGAAGGAGUUCGAGCCACCAGUGCCUGAACCCACUCCCGAACAGCAGACCAGCAUGGUGCAGUACACAGCCACACUGAAAAGCAGCGGCUCCUUGGUCAUCGAGCCAACUGGAGGAUCGAAGGCAUUAUUCGCGGUGCACUUGGAGUCAAUGAUCUACGCGGACAACGUCAAGCAACUGGCCAUCGGUCUGCGUUCCGCGCAGUUUUACUACGGACUGCGGGGACCGAAAGACACCCCGUUCAUACACGCCGGCCGCUGGUCGAAGCACACUUUCUACCAGCCCGAGGACACCGAUGACUACAACGACAAAGGAAAUGCGGGAGUCUUCAAAGGCCUGCACCCUUUCUUCUUGAUUGUGACUGAAGACCCAAACUGGACACUUGGCCUUUUCGUUCUUACCGGACACAACAUAGAACUGACGCUCAGUCCCAAAAGGAUCGCAACCUUCCGGACCACGGGCGGCCUGCUCGACGUGUUCUUCUUCUUCGGCUCCGAUCCGAUGUCGGUGCUCAGGCGGUACCUGCGCCUGGUGGGCUUUCCGUCACUACCGUCGUUCAAGCUUCUGGCGCGUGGCAUCAGCCGCCCUAGUGUGCGCACUCUCGUCGGAGAGAGGCGAAACGCUCAGAUGUUUCAACGUCCCCGGUGCCCCAGUGAUGGUAACGCAAGCGCCCGUACGCUCACCACGAGCAGGCACUCCGGCCUCUGGAAUGCCUACGCAACGCUGCUGGCAAAAGUAACUUACAGGUCCAUUGCCAAGGCACUAGCUGAGACAGCUCAGCUUCUGGUUCAAAGUACGUUCCCUGGCGCAGGACGCUGGGGUGGCUACUGGAACACUAAGCGAGGCCCGCUCAAAAGAACACUGCAAGACAUGCUGCUGCACAACAUGAUGGGCAUACCGGUCUACGGCGCGGAUGUCUGCGACCUGAACAAGGCCGUCGAUGCGAAUACUUCCGCUGCGUGCAGCCGGUUGGCCUCCUUAGCCGCCUACUUCCCGCUGCAUCGUCGCGUGGAAGGGGAGAGCGACAAUUUCGACAACAAGGUUUCCGGGUGACCGUAAAACCCACGCCUUCCCAACGCAGUUUAUGUACGGACCCCAUCUAUUAAUUACUCCAGCAACAAAGUUUUACGGAUCCACAAAACUCGUGGAAGCCUAUCUGCCCAGGGGCGUUUGGUAUGAGCCGUACCGAGGUCGCCGAAUCGAAAGCUUCGGCCAAGUCUUCUUCGUGCCAGAACCGGAGCCCUUCGUGGUGCCUUUCUUUGCUCGAGCUGGCAGUAUUGUCCCUGUAGCGGAGACAGGGGGAAUCCAGCUCUUGGUAUUCUUGGACAUGUACGAACGGGCUGCUGGCGACUUGUUCCAUAUGCCAAAUUCAACACAUG